GUGAACAACGCCGCAGGAACACAUUCGGACAAGCUUCAUGUGGCAGCCGUCAAGGGUCGCUCAUGCUCAAACAAUCACAAAAUAAGUUUACAUUCCUGGGCGUCGAGAAUAAUCAUGGUACACACGAAGCUUAAAGUCUGUGUGGUGGUGACUAGUGUUGGCUGGUCACUACUGCUUGCAUAUGUCAUGUCUUCUCUAAAGUGGCAGCCUGGCAGCAUUACUGAUUCUCAGCGAAGGUCUGCACAUGCCAGUCAAGCAGAUAAUGUACCUUUGGCUAGGGCAGCAAAGAGUCAUGUGCUGCUUGGGGAACUCAUAGAAGCAGCAAAAAUGAACAAUGGAAGUCAAUCCAAAGCCAGUUCAUUGCAAAGAAUAUUCCCAGGAGUAAGCGCUAGUAUUAAUAACACGCAAAACUCAGGUAAAACUGUGAAAAUUGUUAUAUCUGGAAAUGAGGAGACACUAUUGGGUGUUACUGCUGCCAUGAACAGUGUCGUCACAAACACAAAGUCAUCUGUACAUUUCUAUGUUACUCUACCAAAGAUUGUCAUCCCAGACUUCAGGAAAUGGGUACUACAAACAAAACUAAAGAAAGUAAAUUACACCAUUCGGCCACACGUGCGUCUGAUGCCAAAGGGAAAGCCUCAGUUUGCCAAAAUAUACCUUCAGUCAAUAUUUCCAGAUUUGGAUGGCAGAUUUAUUUACCUCGACUCUGAUGUCAUUGUCCAAGGUGAUAUAAUUGAACUGAUGGAUUUGCCUAUGAAAAAAUCUUAUUUGGGUGCCUUCUCAGAGGACUGUUCAUCAGGCUCUAAAUGGUUCGGUUUGGCAAAGCCUCGUUACUCAGCACACAUCAACCUGAAGCAUCCCAAGCUGAGAGGAGUCAAGAUCAAACCUAAAUCCUGUACCUUCAACACAGAUGUUUUUGUGGCAGACAUGACUGUUUGGAAGAGUUCAAAUGUUUCACUUCUCUUAGUGGACUGGGUGAACAGUAGUAAACAUGAUCCCCUCUAUGGACUGGACCCAGAGGCAGACGAGGCAGAAGCGGCAAUGCUGAUUGUUAUGUACCGGCGUGUGUUGCCCCUCCCUCACCUCUGGCAUGUUAGGGACCUCGGUGUAAUACCGGGGGCAAGCUACUCAAAACAGUUUAUUCAAAAGGCCAAGUUACUACACUGGAAUGGUCAUUAUAAACCCUGGUCUCGACGAGCUUCAUUCAUGGAGUCAUGGUUUAAAUAUUAUGUUCCUGACCCUAACAAGAAGUAUAAGCCAAUCAAGAUAUUUUCUCAAGAAACCAAAUGAGCAUCUAAUUAUAAACCUUGAAUUUCCUAAUUAAAACUGAAAUGCUCAGUACAGUAGUUACUAAAUGCUUUACAAAUUAUGUACUGCAUGUCUAGAUUGGUGCUUUGCAAGUGAAACUGAAGAGAUAAUGUGAUAAUUGAAAUAUUACGCUUAAAAGUCCAUGUUAAUUGUUAAUCUAAUAAGUUAAGGCAUAUUGCAUUUUUUAUUAAAAGAAAAUAUAAAUUAUUUUUGACAAUACUGUAUAGUAAAUUUGUUUAUUUCACUAAAAUUACAAGAUGACCUGCAAAUUAUUUACUGCACUUUCUUUAUUCCAUUUUUUUUUUUUUUUUUUUCAUGUUUUCUUUCCUUGAAAUUGAACAAAAUUUAUCAUUCACAUAUCUUUACCUUGUGGCAAAUGCCAUCAUUUUCUGUCUACAGCAGAAUGUACAACAGCAUACAAUAUUUUAACCAUUCUGGUUUCUAUGUAAGAUACUGUACAUUAUAGUAGUAGCAGUCAUUUUAUUUAAAACCUAUCUCGAUUAAUCCUUUCACUGCGUUUCCCGCACUUGCCAUUUUAUUCUGGCUACCGCCAGACAAUUUUAUUCAGUUUAGGGUAACCUCCUGCAGCCAAAGGGUUAAUAUACAUUAGUACUUCAAACCAAAGAGGUGAUUCCAAUAGCUCUCCAUUUGUCAAGUACUGUAAUUUGCUUGCUGUUUUACAUGUAUGUACAAUAUUAGAAUGCACUAUGCCAAGUCUUUCUUAAGUACAAGAACAAAACUCACCCCUUGCAUCUUUGUUUCGUGAUUGGGACUUAGUUAUAUUGUAUAUAUUAGCUUGUUCAAAGGGGUUUACUGUACAGUAUACAAACAUCAUUAGAGUUCACUGAAUUGUGGCUUCAAUAUUGUUUAAAGGAUUCAAAAUACCGUUCUGGUGUGAUGUAUUAUUUUCUUGUACAUUGUACAGUAUGUGGUUCUUACAUUAAUAUUUUAUAUGUUAUAGUGUACAGUAAUUAAGUACAAGAUUUUUUGUACUGAUAACCAAAGCCAGUAAUUCAUGACAGUUGCAAUGUUCUUAUAGAGGUGAUAAUGGUAAAGAUGAGCCAUUUGUGGUUUGAAAGAGGAAGAAAGGUCAUUUUUUUCAAAGUAUGGGUUAUAUACAGGGGGUCCUCACUAUCCAAGUCAUCGAUAUCCAUGGUUUUGCAUUUACAAGCCCAAAUUAUUGCUGAACUAUACAUAAAAUGUCCCUGCAAUAACGAGGAAUAAUAUCCAUGGAGCUUGGAAGUCUCAACAGAGAAUGAUUCACAUCUCCCGUCAUACCGAUGCACAUCCCCCAGCCUCCACCACGCUCAUUCCCAUGUACAGUACUCAUGUUCACCCACCAUAAACAGUGACUAGCCUCCUGCAGUUCUCUACAGGUAUUGUUUUCCAUGUGCAUUCUUAAAAAAUCAUUGCUAAACUAGGUGCUGUCCCUAAAAGGAAUCAUAACAGCUAUAGACUGGACGUGAAAUAGGAGGUUAUCAGUCGAAAGAAAAGAGGUGAGCAUGUGAUGGACAUCUUAAGUGCUCUUCAGAUUCCUGAGUAUCCGAGUAUAAGUGGUGAUUUUCCAGUCCGUAUUAGCCUCGAAUAAUGAGGACUUCCUGCAUUGACAAUUUUUCAGGUGUUUGAGGAUACUAUAGUUGUAGCCAGUGUAUACUGUACUGUACUUGAUUUGCAAUAGGGUUUCAUUCCUGAAAACAUUUUGUAAGUUGAUUUUUUGUAAAUCAAAGCACAUUUACCCAUAGACUACAAAUAUACAAGAAAUCCCAAAUAUGUAUUAAAGUACAGUACUGUACUAUAAAACAUGUGUUUAAUGAUGUUUUUGGGUAUACACAAUGAAAACAGUACUGUAUAAACCAAAAAUAAACACAUACUUUUGCAACAACUAUACACCUUCAAUUGUACUUAAUUUGCAUAUAUAAAUUUAAGAAUACAGAA